CUGGGCGCCUGGGUUGGCUCCUACUCUGGGAGGGGACUGAGGGGGGGUGAGCAGGGGCUGGGCGCCUGGACGCCUGGCUUCUCUCCAGCUCUGGCCCUGCCGUGCUGCCUGCAACGGUGUUUCCAUCCCUCCACCCCUCUGCCCACCCCCAGGCAGCCCGUCCCCCUCCCCAGGCCGCCCUGGGGCCCCGCACCCCGCCAGCCUGGCACGGAGCAGGAAGCCAGGACGCUGUAAACAUUUUGCAAGUUUACCCGAAAAAAACUUCUGUUUUGCAAGAGAAGAAACUUCCGCUUUCCCACCCCAGCCCCAGCCGCAGUGCCCAAAGGAAACGGCACCUGCUGUGCCCCACCCCAGAGCCAGCUGCAUCCCGGGAAGGGGCCCUUACCCCACCCCGGAGUCAGUGCCCCUGUUUGUCUCAGGUGCUGGCAGGCCCCACCCCAGAGCCAGCCGUAUUUCAGCCCUGCGUCCCCGGCUUCCCAGGCCCCACCCCAGAGGCAGCCAUGUCUCUGUUAUGCUCAGCCACCAACACCCAUCAUCUCAGUGCCCAGCUGUGUACCCCCAGCCCCUGCCCCACCCCAGAGCUGGCUGCAUCUGUCCUCGGCUGCCGGCACAGCCCCCCCGAGUCAGCUGCAGCACAGACCUGGAUCCCCAGCCCCAAUCCCCACUAUAGCUGGUGGCUUCUGUUCUACUUGGCUGCCAACACAUCCCACCCCAGUGCCAGCCGCAUUUCAGCCCCAUGUCUCCAAUGCCUGAAGCCUCACCCCAGAGGCCGCCGCGUCUCUGUUACACUCAGCUGCUGAUCCCCCACCCCUGGCCCCAGAGCUGGCUGCACCCCAGCUCAGGACCCUAUAUCCCCUGCCCCAACGCCCCCCAAAUCAGCCACCCCCCCCAGCUCCACAGUGACGGUAGCUCUGAUGCCUCUGCUGUUCCCACAGCUGCCCUGACGACCUCUAGGCAGCAGCGGUGACCCCUGACCUGACCCAGGCAGCACCGGGGGGCGCGGGGAGAUGAGUCAAACACAGGAGAAGGAGGAAGACCCCACCCUGGACCAGCUCAUCCAUGGCUGCAUCCAGGCAUUCGACAAUGAGGGGCAGGUGCGGGACCCCGAGCUGGUUCGCAUGUUCCUGAUGAUGCACCCCUGGUACCUGCCCUCGGCCCAGCUGGCCGCCCGCCUGCUCCGCAUCUACCAGCAGUCCAGCGGCGAGGAGAGCAGGUCCCUGCGGGUGAAAACCUGCCACCUGGUCAGGUACUGGAUUUCCGCCUUCCCGGCCGAGUUCGACCUGAACCAGGACCUGGCCCAGCAGAUCAAGGAGCUGAAGGCAGCCCUGGCACAGGAUGGCAACCGUCGCCAUAGCAACCUGAUUGACAUCGAGAACGUGCCACGGCAGCAGUGGCGCCGGCAGCUGACCCAGCGUAACCCUGCGGCCCCCAAGCGCAAGACCUCCCUGCUGCUGGACCACCUGGAGCCGCCUGAGCUGGCCGCACACCUCACCCUGCUGGAGCACCGCGCCUUCGGUCGCAUCCUGUUCCAGGACUACCACAGUUUCGUGACGCACGGGGCCACAGUGGACAACCCGGUGCUAGAGCGCUUCAUCGCCCUCUUCAACGGCGUCUCGCGCUGGGUCCAGCUGCUGGUGCUGAGCCAGCCCAGCGCCCCCCAGCGUGCCCGCGUGCUCGCCCGCUUCGUGUGCGUCGCCCAGCACCUGCUGGAGCUGCAGAACUUCAACACGCUGAUGGCCAUGGUCGGGGGCCUGAGCCACAGCUCCAUCUCCCGCCUCAAGGAGACGCACGCCCAUGUCGGCUCUGAGACCACCAAGCUGUGGGAGUCGCUGACAGCCUUGGUGAGCUCAGAGGGCAACUACGGGCAGUACCGGCGGCACCUGAGCCGCAGCGUGGGCUUCCGGCUGCCGGCACUGGGCGUGCACCUCAAGGACCUGGUGGCCGUGCACCUGGCACUGCCCGACUGGCGCGAUGCUGCCCACACCCGCCCCCACGCGCCCAAGAUGCGCCAGCUCUUUGCCAUCCUCGACCAACUGGCACUGGUGCCUGGGCUGCAGCCACCCUGCACCGCUGACCCUGACCUGCUCAACCUGCUCGCGGUGUCGCUGGACCAGUACCAGACUGACGACGAGAUCUACCAGCUCUCGCUGCAGAGGGAGCCCCGCAGCAAGUCGGCCGUGAGUCCAUCCAGCCCCACGUGCACCGCCCGCCCGCCCGACCUGGACGAGUGGGCGCUGGCCGCCAAGCCCAAGCCCGACCCGGCGCUCGUGCGAGAGCACAUUGAGAAGAUGGUGGAGUCGGUGUUCAGGAACUUCGACGUGGACGGCGACGGGCGCAUCUCGCAGGCCGAGUUCAGCAUCAUCCGCAGCAAUUUCCCGCAUCUCUGCCAGUUCGGGGACGUGGAUGAGAACCAGGACGGCUGGAUCACCCGGGACGAGAUGGUCUCCUACUUCCUCAAGUUCAGCGCGGACGUGGACGGCAGGAUGGGCUUCGUGCACACCUUCGCCGAGAGCAGCUUCCUGCGGCCCGUCGCCUGCCGCCACUGCAAGAGCCUGAUUUUGGGGAUCUACAAGCAGGGGCUGAAGUGCCGGGCCUGCGGCGUGAGCUGCCACCGGCAGUGCCGGGACCGGCUGCACGUCGAGUGCCGCAAACGGGCCAAGAGCUUCAACCUGGACGGGCCGAGCCCCCCGCCCCUGCGCUCCUUCAGCUUCUCCCUGCCCCGGCCCAACCGGCACCCCCCAGAGAUCCCGGAGGUGGAGGUCCAGGCUUUGGAGGACGGCGUCUUCGAUGUGCACCUCUGACCCGGAGACGCAGGUCUUCUUCACCCCCAGCUCGGACCCUCAUCUUCCUCCUCCUCCCCCCACACUGGAGACCCCCCUCAACAAAGCCCUGGUGACAACAGAGACCCCCUGGGGGGCCCCGCAUGGAGGAGCAGCCCCCAUCCAGGGUGGGGAAGGGCUGGGAGCCUGGACACCUGGGUCCCUCCCGGCAUUGGGAGCGAGGACUCCUGGGUUCCUUCAGGGGAGGGGGGGAGUCUGAUGUGACCUCCCCCCUUGGUGUCUGGGGGUAGGGGGCCUGGGGGGGCGCCUGCCACUGUACAGGUCCUGCUGUGAAUAGUCUCAGAGUCCCAGUAAAGUGCCCGUGGGCCCCAG